UGGAAAGACUGGAAAGCAUUCCUAACAAGGAACCUAAUUUUCAAAUACAAAGAUAAAGUUCCAGCAAUGCUCGAUCGUCCUCCAGAUGCUUAUGCUUCAUGUUACAAGCCCGAAGAUUGGAAAGAAUUUGUUGCCAAAAGAUGUAGUCCCGAAUGGGCAAAAAAGAGAAAGAAAAUGCAAGAUAUCAGGAGUCAAAAUACAUACAAUCACCAUGCGGGCCGAGGUGGUGUUAAGAAAGUUGAAGAAAAAUUGGUGAAAGAGUUGGGCCACCAGCUUACUAUAUAUGACAGGGCAGACUUGUGGAUUAGAAUACACACGAACAAAAACGGCGAGCUCGAUGGCCCUGCUCAGGAGGUCGCUGACCGGAUUGCUGAGAUACGAAAGCAAGUUGAGGAGGGGACAAUAUUAGUAGAAGGCUCAAAAGACAUACUCACUCUAGCCUUGGGAACAGAAGAGCAUGGAGGACGUGUUAGAGGAAUGGGGGGUGGUGUCACACAGACACAGUUUUUCAAAACCCCGCGUCCUAAAAGAAAGAGAGUCGAUGACAAUGAUCGUAUGAGUGAGGUGGAGAAGCGACUUGAAGAGUCAGAGGAACAUCGUCGUAGACAAGACGAAUUAUUAAAUAAACUCCUCCAAAUAGUCCAAAGUCAAAGUGGUGUUGCGGGCACCUCACAUGCAUCUGGUUCAGGUGUUGGGGGAGCAUCCAACGAACCAGCUUUUGCUGCUGUUACCUCAGUUCUAGGAGCAACACCUACUGCCAGGGCCUCUGCUCCACCAACUGGCAGGGCCUCUACUCCACCAAAUGCCAGGGCCUCUGCUCCACCAGCUCCCAAGGCCUCUGCUCCACCAGCUCCCAAGGCCACUAUUCCAACACCUCCACUUGUUGCCCCACCAGCCACACCUUGUGCAGCUGCUCCACCAGCACCAUCUCCGGUUACUUCUGAUAAUAGAUUGAGGUGUGAUAUGUACGUGAUUGAUCCCAAAGAAAAAGAUCCGGUCUUAGUUGCAUCAGGUUAUGUGAAACUUGAAAAGGCAGACAAAGAAGGCAAUAUUAUAAUACAUGGAGUUAAAAAGAAGUUUGAUGAUUUCAAACGUGUCUUUAUUGAGAAGGUGGUUGAAGAAAAUGCCAUUCUACCAUGCCCUAUAGAACAUGAAGGCUUCGACACAGUUGGUUUAGCUGUAAACAAUUUUGUAGCUUGGCCAAAGAACCUAAUCAACAUACAUCCAGAUGAUUUAGCGAAGGUACAUCAUUUUUUUAUCUGUUAUUAGAGAUUAAUGAUUUCUUUAACUUAACAUCCGUUCUGAACAAUAGUGAUUGCAUAGUUGCUUAUUACGUAAUCUAAUCAAAUGAAGUUGUAUUGAUAAUCUUGGAUUGAGAGAAGACAGAUGUGUGAAGUCUUACAAAACUUUAUAACUGACAUUCUACUGCUCUGGUUGUUGCUGCUGUAAAUUUUCUGAAUCAUGCUCCUCAAAUUUCUUUUCCAUGUGAUUAUUAUUUUAAACAAAUAGCAGCUUGACAGUUUACUGAUGAUAUUUUAAUGAAAUUACACCUCUUUUCUCAUUAUAUGGUUAAUUUGUAUGCCACCACAUUUUACAUGGUGAGAAAUUGUGAGAUUGUUUGAUCAUGGGUGAAUAGGGUAAAGUGGGGGUGACAUCUAAACUGAAGUGUUAUGGGGAUGCUUAGAAAGGAAAGGAAUGAUAAUCCCAAGAUUCUCUAUAAGAUAAAAGUAAAUGGAUCCGAUCGUCUUGGGUUCAAUUGAGAAGUCUUUCUCAUGGCUGGAGUGGAAUUCAAGUACCACGCAGUAUUUUGGAUUGGUCUCAGUUUUCUUUUAUAAUUCUUAAAUUAAUUGUCUCUGCUAUAUGAAGUAGGAGGUUGAUAGAUUGUUAAUCAAUAGGUUGUACUGUUGCACAAUAAUGAAGCCUUGAGUUCUAAUAAGUUAUACUUGGUGUCGUUAUACGAUAAAAUACUAUAUUACUGUUUCUUAAUUAAUUGUUGUAGAGAUUGAUUCAGUUUCUAUUAUCUCUGUUCAACAUAGUCUAAGCUUUUCUGUAAAAUGUUAAAAUCAAUUUGAAUGUUCAAAUGGAGUAGCAAACAAGUAGUUAUCCUAUGCAGUUGAAAGUGGGUUUUGGUUCUGUUGAAUGAUUUAAAAUCUCCAACUGCCAAGUUUUUAGGAAUCACUAUGGCUGGCAGUGCCAUUUGUACUAUACAAAAAAUGUUGUUCCCACAGGCCACACCGUCACAUAUAUUUGUUGAUUUGUACUCAUCAUGUUCUAUUGCAUAUUGUUUUUGUAGAGUUUUCUGUCUUAAAAUUGUCCAAGCACAAUGUCGUCUCCCCAAUUUAUGUAGUGUCCUUCAUCUAUCGCAAUAUAGAUUUUACACCCAUAGAAGAAGAGAUUGUAAAAACAAAAAAAGAAAAAGAAAA